AUGGAAAGGGUUACAAAGGAUAUCUCUCUCUCUGAUAAAGCUUGGAUUAUUUUGGGGGAUUUCAAUGCCCCUUUCUCUGGUAUGGACAAAUCUGGAGGGAAACCGAUUUCAGCUUUGGAGUUGGUUGAUUAUCUCCAAUGGCUUGAGGAUACUCAUGUUGAGUCUCUUAAGAGUAUAGGUUCCUAUUUCACUUGGACUAAUAACAAAGAUGGUCCAGCUAGAAUCUAUUCUAAAAUUGACCAUGUUUUCAUGAAUGAGAAUUGGCUUGAUUUCUUUCCCCAUUCUACUGCUGUGUUUAGAUGGGAAGUUGUUUCGGAUCAUUGCUCUUAUGUUGUUACUAUCCUGCCUAUGGAGAAGUUGGGUUUUAAACUGUUUAGAUUUUUUAAUUUUUGGGCAGACCAUCAUGACUUCAAAGAGGUCGUUAUGAAUAGUUGGAGGUUGCCUAUUAAGGUCACUGGUUUAAGGGCUAUCUACUUAAAGACAAUGAGGCUGAAGCAUAGAUUAAAAAAAUUUAACAGAGAUAACGUUGGUGACAUUGGUUUGAACUAUCACAAGGCUAAGGAGACUUACCAAGAAGCUCAACUUCUAGCUCAAUCUCAUCCUCAUGACUAUAGUUUUCAAGAAGUAGUGAAAGAAGCUGUUGCCGCUUUUUCAGUUCAGGAGCAUAUGUACCAUAGUUUCUUAGCCCAAAGAAGUAAAAUAACAUGGUUAAGGAAGGGUGAUAUGAACACUUCUUUUUUCCAUGCUUGUUUGAAGAAGCGUAGAGCUGAAAAUUUUAUUGCUUCCUAUAUCACUGAUCAAGGUAAUUUGGUAGAUAAUUUUCCUGAAGUUGUCUCUCACUUUGUUGAGCAUUUCAGAGGCUAUUUGGGUAGUUCGAGUUCUACUACUGGCAGGAUUGAUUUACAUUGUAUAGAGAUGGGAUCCAAUCUCUCGGUUGAUCAACAAUUGAUGCUUUUAGAACCUUUUUCUCGUAAGGAAAUUCGUGCUUCUUUAUUUGGUAUUCCCAUCACUAAGUCUCUAGGACCUGAUGGCUUUGGUUCUGGUUUUUUCAAGGUAGUUUGGCAGGAUAUUGGGGAUGAAGUCUGUUAA